GUAAUUGUAGUUUGUGUAUAAUUAAAAAUGAAUAAACAGUGUGUAAAUAUUUAAAAUAUUUGUGAUUAAAAAAAUUGAGAAUUAAAUUGAAAAAAAAUAUAUGUAUGUACAUAUAUAUGCGUAUGUAGGUAUAUUGCUAUAACCAACAUAAAAUAAAAAUCAAUUAAAUUUGGAAUUGGAAAAAAACCGCUAUAACCGUGUCAAACAAAUAAAUAAAUGUGCUUUUACUUUUUGUAGAUUAUUUUAUCGUAAAUGUGUGUUCAUUUCUUUUGAUUUAAAAAGAUAAAUUGGUUUGAAUAAAUUAAUUAUAAAUUCUAUUUAAACAUGUUCAAUAUUACAUUUAAUAGAAUUUUUAGUAAAAUUUCAAUAUUUGAAUUAAAAUUAUGAUUUUAUUUAUUAAAUGUUUGCAGAAAUUCUAUAUAUAAAUAAAUAAAAAAAGCUAAUUAAAAGUGACUUCAUUUGGUUCUUGUGUCCGUCGGGACCCUAACGAGGGCCUCAUCAUGGAUGAGGCACCUAAAAAGGGUAACCCAUCAUUAUCAAUAGAUCGGGCAGCAUUUCUUUUACUGCGUGUUAAAAAGGCAUUCAAAAGAAAGCGUCAACAAAGGAAAGAAAAAUUAGCUGCUCAACAAGCAGCAGCAGCUGCUUUCAAUUCACAAACUACUAGUAGUAGAAGUGGUCCACCACCACUUUUACGUUCAAGGACAUUGCCAGCAAUUGUAGUACCAGGAAUUUCUAUACUUCAUGCUCAAAUUGAUUCUAGUAGACUUUCAACAGGUGAAUCAACAUCAUCAGCUUAUGGUCCCCGUUUAUCUCUUCAACCGAAAUCAUCUAGAGCGUCUUUAGUUAGUGAUGAUAGUUCAUUAGAAUAUCGCCGAAAAUCAUCAGGAAGUACGCAUAGUGGACCACCUUUAUUAGGCUAUAAUAAUAAUAAUAGUAACUAUGGUAUAGAUCCAUAUAUAUAUUCGUCUGAUGAGUAUGAACGGCACGCUGAUGGAACUGUUGUACUUAGAAUACCUGCACCUCAUGUGGUGGCUGCACGUGCUUAUCGAAUGUCUGUUGGAGGUACAAGUAGUAGUGGUAGUGGUGGAUCUAACACUACUGGAACGAAUAAUAAUAAUUUUUCAUCGAAUACAAGCGCAACAGGUGGAAUUUUUAUAACACCACAUCAACAGCAAAUGACUGGAAAUAUUCUGAGCUCAACUAAUACAUCCAAUUUAACGAAUACAAAUAGUAAUAAUACAGCGUUAUACAGGUUAGCUAGAUUAUUAAAUCAAACAAAUAAAGGUGGACGACAAAGUCCUACACUAAAUGAUGAUGCACCUAGAAGAUUAUCUUGGGAAAGGAAGGAUUAUGGCAGUAAACUACCUCGAUCAGCAAGUAUUGAUUCGAUGGUUGAUACUGUAUGGAAUGAUUCACCACGACCAUCACUUAAUGUUCCUAGAAAUAGUACAACAAGCACAACAAGUGUACCAAUUUUUCAAAUGAGUUCAGUUACAUCAGCAGCCGCAGCCAAUAAUACAACACAAAAUCAAAAUUCAAAUUUAGGAUUUCAUGUACCACAACAGCCUUCACAAUUAAACAUUAACACAUAUUCAAGUUUCGGAAGCUUUAGUGUUAGUGGUUCUUUUGUUAGCCGUAGAGAGAGUUUAUUGAGCCCAUCAUCGAAUCGAAGGACUAAGCAAAAUAGAGGAAUUGCAGUGACUAAAAUUAAAUUAAGAACCGAAAAUUGUUAUAGAGACGUUAGAAACUAA